GAAGCGAUUAUUGGUCAGUGUAGUGUUAGUAAUGGCUGCCAUGGUAUGAAAUUGCCCACAACAAUGGACGAGGCUACCAGUCAAAACCAGCUGGGAGGAGGGAGUGGCACUCCCGCUGGUGUGGCGGCCAACAGACAGAACCUCGAGGAAGCCAACCAGCGAUUGCAAUACUCCAUCCCCGGGAUAUUACACUUCAUUCAGCACGAAUGGGCCAGGUUCGAGAUGGAACGAUCGCAGUGGGACCUCGAAAGGGCCGAACUCCAGGCAAAAAUAGCGUUUCUUAAUGGAGAAAGGAAAGGACAAGAAAACCUAAAAAGUGACCUAGUUAGAAGAAUAAAAAUGUUAGAAUAUGCUUUAAAACAAGAAAGAGCCAAGUAUCAUAAGUUGAAAUAUGGCACAGAUUUAGUUCAAGGGGAUAUGAAUCCCCCAUCUGAAGACGGGGGUGAGGAGGUACGGGUAGACACAGAUGCUAUUCUCUCAACCAAUACAAAUGUGUCUUGGAAGCAGUCAAGACAGUUACUGAGACAGUAUCUACAAGAAAUUGGUUACACGGAUACAAUUAUAGAUUUAAGAAGUAAUAGAGUAAGGUCAUUAUUAGGCAUUUCUGGAGGCGAAAAUGAAGAAAACCAUAACAACACGCCGGCCAUGAAUGGUUCUGAUACGACGAAGCGAGCGCCUGAUCCCAAUCGGUGUUAUAAUAAAAAACAACCAUCUACUUUAGAGGCACAGAUUAGGGAUGCAGAGAAAGCGGUCAUGGACAAUUUUGACUUUUUGCAGCAGGAAGGUAUGGAAAUGGAUGACGAUGAUGAUGUAGAAGAGCCAGAAGAAGAUGAUGAUUUACAUAGAAUAAAGGGUCCUAAACCCAAGGUGACUUUGGACGUGGAUGACGUUGAUGGUGAAACGGAGCUAGAUCAUGAGUUCCGAUUCCUUCCGGAAAUGGAGGAUCCCUCUCUGCACCUGAUGGGCGGGCACAGAGCCGCUUGGACGGGCACAAGGCGGAGGCCGGAGUUUGAGGGUGAGGAGGAGGGAAUGGAUGGCAUUGAGGAGGAAGUGGUGGAUGGGGGUAUAUCCUCAUUAGGAGGAGAGUGGGCAUGCCCACCCCCAGCACUGGAGGCUUUGAAAGCCAGAUACCGUGCAGCAGUUGGGGCGAGGGGUAACCCUUCCUCGCCUCAACACACACCCCCUUCCCCACUCACCACUGCCACCCCUACCACCACCACAACCACCACCACUGCCCUCACCACUGGCGUUUUGGGGUUUGGUCCAGGGUCCCGGAGGUAUGUUGGUGGCCCGGGUGGAGAGGAGGAUGCCUUGGAGGGCCUAGGAGAGUUAGCACAGCUGACUGUGACCAAUGAGGCAGAUGCUUCCUAUGACCAGAUCUCCUCAACCAAAGAAAACUUCCGAAAAACUUGGACUGCCAAGUAUACCUUACGAUCACAUUUCGAUGGUGUACGUGCUCUGUGUUUCCACCCUACUGAACAGACGUUAAUCACAGCAUCGGAGGAUGCUACGCUCAAACUAUGGAACCUUCAGAAAACUGUACCAGCUAAGAAAUCUGCAUCUUUGGAUGUUGAACCAGUGUAUACUUUUCGUGGUCAUUUGGGGCCUGUUUUAUGUUUAGCCAUAAACAGUGAUGGCGAAAAAUGUUACUCUGGAGGUAUUGACGGUACUAUACGCAUCUGGAAUAUUCCUUCAUCUAAUAUAGAUCCCUAUGAUUCUUAUGAACCAAUUGUAGUUGGAGGCACUUUAUCAGGUCAUACAGAUGCAGUUUGGGGCCUGACAUUCCAUUCACAGCGUAAUCACCUCUUAUCGUGUGCGGCGGAUUCAACGGUUAGGCUGUGGUCGACAGAUGCACGAAAUCCUCUUUUAUACACUUAUGCUGUGGAGAAAGAUGGUGUUCCAACGUCUGUAGACUUUGUGUACGAAUCCACAAACCAGUUUGUUUGCAGCUUUAACACGGCAAAUUGUGUCAUAUUUGACAUUGAGACCGGAAAGCCUAUCACUCAUCUUGACACAGAGCCAGACCAGGGAAGCAAUUCUCUCAAUAGACAAAUUAAUAGAGUUGUGUCCCAUCCCACCUUACCCUUAACUAUUACUGGUCAUGAAGAUCGUCACAUCCGAUUUUGGGAUAACAACAGUGGUCGUUUGGUGCAGUCUAUGGUUGCUCACCUGGACUCUGUUACAUCUCUAGCAGUUGACCCCAAUGGUCUCUACCUCCUUUCAGGCAGCCAUGACUGCAGUAUUCGUUUAUGGCAGCUAGAUAGUAAGCAGUGUGUCCAGGAAAUCACAGCCCAUCGAAAGAAGUUUGACGAGAGCAUAUUUGAUGUGGCUUUCCAUCCUAGCAAGCCGUUUAUUGCCAGUGCAGGAGCUGAUGCCCUUGCCAAAGUGUUUGUUUGAUUACAGACACAACACACUUGGCACUGUCCUAAAAUCCAACCCUUAUGAAGCUUAAAAAUAUAAAAAAAAUGGUGGAGCAGAUUCCUGGGUUACUUGAUUCUCCGAGUGCUUAAGGCACAAAUCGAGGAGAAUGAGACAUGCAUAUAACAGUGAUGACACUGAGAAAGAAUAGGCAUAAUCCAUUCGGAAUUAAUUUUACAUUAGAUUCUGUUUAGACUACAUUGUCAGGAAAAUACUGUAUCAAAAUUGGGAACAGAAUCCAAGGAAAGUGCCCUUUUUUUAUCAUCAAAUUUCUCCAUAGCACAGGGAUUUUGAACAUCCCUCCUACCAAAGUUUUCAAGUGAUAAAUGUAAAAUGGAUAUAUAUAUAUAUAUUUAUAGGAUACUUCAUAAUCACAUACUGAUAACAAGAACCAAAUUCUGAGUAUGAUGUAUUCAAAGAACACUCAGGUAGAUGGUUUGUAGUGUCAUGUUUUACAUACUCAUGUAAACAAUAAACAUUAUUGCAAUUGUUGAUGGAGGAGGAAAAAACAUUUGGCGCUUUAGUAUCCCAGAAAUAUUUUUGUAUAUAUUGAUGAUCAGUGGAGGGUUGGUAUCCGGGAAUCAGCUCAAGCCAUAAUACUCCACCUGUAGCCUAUUCCACCCAAGAAUCUUUUUGGCUACAGGUUUCACAGACAAGGGAUUUUGUAAAUCCUCAAUGGUGGUGAAAUCACCUGCCCCCAUUAGAAAAAAUCCCAGCAGUAGAGUUGGUGGUAAGUUACUGUGGUUUGUGGUAUAAUACCAUUUCCUCAGUGAUGCAAGAAGAUAAGUGAUAGAAAAUGCGCUGUGGACUCCUUGCAUUGCCAUCGCAUUGCAGAAGCUAUGGGAAUGUGACAACUGACUCUGAAAGUGCUUGGGGCCUCCUUAAUACCAGCCGAGAUAACAAUGAUUGCUGGGUGGCUGUCUUAAUCAGGCCAAUACAAUGCUCGACUAGUCUUUAAAAAGGGUUAACAUGGAGUUUCCCUGUCUGGCUUGCACACAGACUCCAAUCAUGGGAUGGUUUACAUUCUUUAUAUUUAUCUGUAAAUAUGACAAUUUACUUCUUGCUCAUCUUAGUAGCCAUAUGUAUAUACCAAAUAUUGUAUGGAAAAUAAUUCUAGUGUUUGAAAGGAAAAAUUGAAAUUAUAUGAGAGUAACGAAUUAAAGCAGAGUUCACAGAGGGUAAUGAAGCCCUUUGUACUAUGUACUACCAUCAUUAUAAUAUUUUACUCCCAUAUUAUCCUGAAACCAAUCAGAAUGGCUAAGUGUCCCUGUUGAGUUAAGGUGUCCUGUUGAUCAGGACAUAGCCUUGAGGUUUUUCCCCCUAUCCAUUUUUGAAAUGGUUUAUUAUUGUAUCCUCAAGCAAUCAAGUUCUGUUCAAUUUUCUUGUAAUUAAUCCACUGAGUAGUAGUCGAUAACACCAAACCAAAUUGCUUUCAUGUGAGUGUGUUAAAAGUUUCAAAGGUCUUUGAUAAUCAUCACUCUAGACUCUGGGCUUUACUCUCCUUUUCAAGAAGGAUGUGAAAUAGGUAAACAAAUUAGCAAAGUAGGGAAUUCCAUAAAGGUAGUUUAGACUGACGUAAUCUCAUGCUGUAGAGUGCAGGUUGCUUGAUUUUUGAAAAGUGAUAGAUCUAGAUGAUGUGUAUUGAAGCUUUGCCAGCUUUGUCACACACUCAGGCUAUGAAAUGUAGCUAACAAGCUGAAAGGAAUUUGAAAUCACCUAUGUAUUACAUUGUGGAUAUUUUAGAAACCUUAUUUUAAACAAAUACAUUAUUUUCCAACCAAAA